AUGAUUAUAAUGAAUGGUUUGGGCUUUGCAUGGAUACUGUUCCUGCACUGGGAUAUCAAACGGUAUAAACGAUGGGCCGUUCAGUACUUGAACUCAAACCAGGGGACUGGUAGUGAUGAGUGCGAUGGCAGUGGUGUCCGUUCAGAUAGUCUGACCCAUCGGAUGAGUAUUACAACACUUGUGGUGUUUAAUUCGCUGGAGAACUCUAAGCCGGCACAUGUUGUGGAUAUAUUUUGUUUCGGAAGUAUCGUUCACAUGGGUGUCCAGGUGUUCAGUCAGACCUACUUUUACAUCAACGACAGUCCCCGGUGUCAGGACUUUCUCACCAUAUUUUGCUUAUCCAUACGAAUCGUGUUCUCCUUCUAUCAGCUCUACAUUGCAUUCAAAUAUUCAAAUAUAUUGAUAUACCGGCACCAACUGUUAGCCAGGUUUGCGUUAAUGCAUUUGUUGGCCACAUCCCUGUCCUCGUGGUUCAGGACUAUUAUCAGUGAGGCUGUGGAUGAUUAUGUGGAGUCCAUCCACGCGCUGAACCAUACGUUAAAUACAAGUAAAAACUACUUUAACUCAAUGAUUGAACACGAGAUCCAUUGCCUGGAGAGGACAGUCAUCAAUGAUAAGUCGAUGCAAACACUGCCCUAUUUAUAUCCAUUCACUAUUGAGUUUAAUAUAAUUAUGGCAUCCAUUUGGUACAUAUGCUGGACUAAUAUCGGCAAAGUGCACUCACAUCCCGGGCCAGCCCACAUCAAAGUUAAACCUAAUCUAUCGGACGGGGAUCAGGAAUUCGAGUACCGGUCGGCCAUAUCAAUCAGCGCCGACUGUCACGCCAGUAAUCGGGGUCUAUUUGCCGGCAUAACAACCCUAUUAGCAACCGCCGUAACAAUCAUUAUAUUUUUCGCCACUCAGUCCUACGACCGCUUCGGGAUAUCCGUCUAUUGCACACAAAUAGGUGUCCUAACCCUUGUGUGUUGUAUAGUCAUACCCCUGGCCUACCACCAGACCCGUAAACUGAACGUGGUCACCCGGGAACACUUUAACUGCAACCAUACCGUGAUGGACGACCUACUUGUGCUCAUACCGGUGCCGUUCUUUCUACUACACUAUGUGUACCUAAUUAUGGCUGACAUUCACGACGAGAAUUCACCGGUGAAUGUGUUUUUGAUAGUGAUAUACGUGUUGACUAUACUACAGGUGCUCAUACAGUCACCGUUCAUAGUGGAUGGCAUACGCCGGUGCUCUAACACCAAAGAGCUCCGGUAUGUGAAGCCCGGCAGGAAUUAUAUAAUGUUUGCUCUCAUACUGAACAUAACGCUAUGGAUAUUGAAUACGUUUGAGUUGAGAUAUGUGGACAGGACAGACACCGGACAAGACAUCACCGCAAAGGACAUCGAAAUAGCGAUGAAUAACACAAACAAAUCGUUGCGACGAAUAAACAACGAAAUGCUGGAACUCCAGAGGAAUCCCAUUCCGGGUAUCAGUGCCGCGCCCUACCCGCCCGGUAACGACCCCUACCAAUGGGUGGGCAACAUCACGGGCCCGCCCGAUACCCCGUACGCGGGCGGACUGUUUAUCGUGAAGAUCCAGUUCCCGCGUGACUACCCCUUCCACGCGCCGCACAUUGUCUUUCAGACCCGUGUCUAUCACCCGAACAUCAGCGACAAGGGAUGCAUAUGUCUGGACACACUUAAGCAGAACUGGAGCUCAGCCCUCACUAUAGGACAGGUGUUGCUCACUAUACAGCAACUGUUGGCCGAUCCCAACCCCCGCGACCCCCUCUCCUACGGGGUCGCCCAGGAGUACCUCAACAACAGACCGGUGUUUGAUCAGAAGGCCAGGGAGUAUACCCGAGAGUACGCCCGACCCCCUCCACCUGCUGCUCAAAAUAGUGGUAGUGGUGGCGGUAGUGGUGGCACCGGUAGUCAAUAG